GAGUAGAGGUGACAUCUCGAGCAAGUCUCCACAGGCAAUCCCAGGCUCGCACCAGCAGUGCUCACUUGAGGUAUCUGCGUUAUCCACACUGGUUUUUGGGCUUUGUGACAAGCAUGCACUGACUGAUCUCACCUAACACUCUGGCAUGCUCUAACUGCUCGUGGAUUUUAGCAAAGUUACAUUUUUGGAGCAUAAAAAUUCAGAUAUUUUUCUCUUUAAUCUGGAAGCACCCUUCUGGAUCCGAUGAUCACAGGGCAGCUGAGCAAACCGCUGCUCCCUCUGCGUGCCGAUAUGGAUGUCUGCGAGCUGCGGGAUGAUGACAAAGCGGCCAGCCCGGACAGCGAGCUCAACGAGGAGCCCUUGCUGCUGUCAACUGACACAGACUCGGAGGAGAAGAUGUAUGGUGGUCGAGUUGGCUCAGUUCAGUCUGAUGCCAGCAGCAGUCCCACAGAACUUGGUCAUAUGGGCCAAUCUCACCCCACCUACCAUGUAGGACCACAGUCUCUGCUGGUUGCUCAGCAGCUGGCGUCAGCGGUUAGUGGAGUGAUGUCCGGUGGAGCUCCUGGUCUGAACCAGCCCAUUCUGAUCCCCUUUAAUGCUGGUGGGCAUCUGGGUGGGCAGCAGGGCCUGGUUCUCUCUCUGCCUACUGCAGCCAACAUACAGGGCCUGGUGGCAGCCGCUGCUGCUGGUGGCAUUAUGACGCUCCCCCUACAGAAUCUGCAAGCUACCUCAUCCUUAAGCUCUCAGCUCCAGCAUCUUCAACAACUCCAACAGCUACAGCAUCACCAGCAACAACAUCAUCAUCAACAACAGCAGCAGCAGCAACAACAACAACAACAACAACAACAACAGCAGCGAGAACGAGAGCAGCGUGAAAGAGACCAACAACAAAGAGAACGUGAACGAGAGCAGCACCAACAGCUCUGCGGUCCAACGCAUCUCCAGCCACCCAGCCAUCAUCAACUCACUCCUCCGAUUCAAUCACAAGUCUCUGGACCUUCUCCGGGCUCCACCUCCACCUGUACCUCCUCCAAUCAUAGCUCAACCCAUCCUCCCCAGUCUCCGCCCCCUCACAGGCAAAACCAAUCACCAGCUCGCAGCUUGCCGUCACCUGUCACACCUCCUCUGCCACUACAGCUCAACCCUCUGGCCAGUCAUGCAGCGAUUGCCGCAGCAGCAGCAGCGAUGGGUUCAAUUGCCGGGUCACAGGUGUUUGGUAAUGCUCUCUCCAGCCUGCAGGGGGUCACUGGACAACUGGUCACCAAUGCACAAGGACAGAUCAUUGGUACGAUCCCUCUGAUGCCAAACUCUGUAGGACCUUCCAGCCAAUCAGGGGGCGGCACUCCCUCACUGCAGGUCCAGCCAGUCACACCGCAGCUGCUGACCAAUGCACAGGGUCAGAUUAUAGCCACUGUGAUUGGUAACCAGAUCCUGCCAGUGAUCAACACCCAGGGAAUCACACUGUCACCCAUUAAACCUGGACAGCAGCUGUCGCAGGCCGGUCAGACUUCACAGGCUCCUCCUGUGUCUCAGCCAAGUCUGCUCCGUAUGCCCCACAGCCAGAGCCCCCUCCGCCAAGCUUCUUCCUCCUCCUCAACAUCAUCAUCCUCAUCCUCGGCUCUUAGCGUCGGGCAGCUAGUCAGCAACCCUCAGACUGCCCCCAGUGAGGUGGAUGGUGUGAAACUGGAGGAGAUUCGAGAAUUCGCCAAAGCAUUUAAAAUUCGCCGGCUGUCUCUGGGUCUGACUCAAACUCAGGUGGGCCAGGCUCUCAGUGCAACUGAAGGCCCUGCCUACAGCCAGUCUGCCAUCUGCAGACACACCAUCCUGAGAAGCCACUUUUUCCUACCACAGGAAGCCCAAGAGAACACUAUAGCUAGCAGUCUGACAGGCAAACUGAACCCUGGCCUUUUAUAUCCUGCCAGGUUCGAGAAGUUGGACAUCACCCCAAAAAGCGCCCAGAAGAUUAAGCCCGUGCUGGAGCGCUGGAUGGCCGAGGCGGAAGCCCGCCAUCGCUCCGGUAUGCAGAACCUGACAGAGUUUAUCGGCAACGAGCCUUCCAAAAAGCGCAAACGCCGGACCUCUUUCACACCGCAGGCCCUGGAAAUCCUCAACAGCCACUUCGAGAAGAAUACUCACCCCUCCGGUAAGGAGAUGACGGAAAUCGCAGAGAAACUGAACUAUGAUCGCGAGGUGGUGCGCGUCUGGUUCUGCAAUAAGAGGCAAGCUUUGAAAAACACUAUAAAGAGGCUGAAACAGCCCGAGCUCGGGCCGGUCGCACCAAUGGACCCUCUGGUUGAUAAUAUGGAAGAACACCCUUAGCUUGACACGAACAGCAUGAGGCGAACGCGCACCUAUGGCGAAACUUCUGAUGUUGUGGACUUAAAGACCUGGACGAUUACUAUCCAAUG